AUGUCACUCCAGCGCCUGCUAGGCUUCUCCGCCACCGUCUCCGGCCGCCUCCCCCUCCGCCGCUGCCUCUCCACCGCCGCCGCCCCCAAGCACCCUCCAUGGGCCAUGAUUGACUACAACUCCCUCGUCGACGAAUCGUUGGCGGCGCCGGGCGCGUGCUUCGGCCCCGUCGAGCCUCCGCUCGUCUCCCGCAUCACCGCCCCGGCGCACCUCCUCAACCCCAGGGAGCGCCCCGCCGCCGACAGCAGCGUCGUCCAACUCGCCACCGGCCACGUCAACGCCGCCAGCGGCGACGGCCACCUCCUCCUCACCUGCUACGACAUCCUAGGGGAGGGUCCCCGCGAAUCCUGGAACGGAAACGCCGACGUCGAGGCCGAGCGCCGCACCUGCAACCCUAUCAGCGGCGAGGUGCUCCGCCUCCCGUACCCCGGCGGUCCCGCCGGGUCCAGGAAGAACCUGGGCCACCGCCACAUGGGCCUCCUCACCCAAGUCGGCGGCGGUUGCGGGCACGGCCCCCCUGACAGGUUCGCCGUCGCCGACAUCGUCAGCCAGCUGGACCGCAUCGUCGAUCGGUUCCUCCCGGAGGUAGGCAGGUGGGAUCUGCUUCUUGGCGUACCAUGCCAGCCGCCGCUUGCGUGGGAGAUGGAGAUGGACCAAGAGACGGUGGCCUUCGCUGGCCGCCUCUGGUGGGUCGACCUGACCUGCGGCGCCGUCUCCAUGGACCCGUUCAGCAACCAGCCGGAACUCCGCUUCGUCCCGCUGCCGAAUGGCACCUCGCUCACCUUCAUUCUCAUGGAACACAAAGACUCGAGCGCGGAGCAUCUUGCCCAGUUCAGGCGGGAGGUGGCCAAGUACCGGCGCAUCGGCGUCAGCGAGGGGAGGCUGCGCUUCCUUGACGCGUCCAUUCACGACCCGUUCCUCCUCAGCUCCUAUGUGCUCGACGACGAGGGCAGGAGCUGGACGCUGGAGCACCAGGUGGAGCUCAGGAAGGUCUUGGAGGAUGGAGGCCACCCGUGGGAACAGGGGAAGAGGCCGCCGCAGAUCGCCAUCAUCGACCCGCUCAACGCCGACAUCAUCUACAUCACCGUCGGCGAGCAGAAGCACAUCGUCGCCGUGGACAUUUACCAGGAGAAGGUGAUUGGGAGCUCUCCGCUUCAAAACCAAUACCAUUCGCUUGUACCAUGCGUUCUUCCACCCUGGCUUGGAUCAAGCCAGAUCCCUACGGCAGGAACUGUCUCCAUGCCUUCAGAAUGGCCGCUAGGCUAUAAUCAGCGUCGUCCUAGCAACGAUUCUUCUGAGAAAGUACUGAAGGUUGCAGACAGAAGGUUGGUGCUUUCUUGAAGGAUGUGGAAGAAUCAUCUAAAGGUUUGCUCAUUUUACCAGUUUUAGAUUUAAUUCAAGUGUGCUCAUUGUUUAGUUGUGUUCUGCUGCAAAGGCAAGUGAGGCCACAUACCAUGUUCACACUAGAAGCUGAGAAACUCUGAUAAAAACAGAGCAGAGAUGGAUUCUUAUUAAUCCUUUUGGUGAACGCAAAUUAGAAUUUUUUUACUUUACGCAUGUUGAAUACUCGUUACCUUCUUUAAAAUUAUAGUUCUUGUAGUUUAAAUUUUUUAGUUGAAAGCUGGAAGGCACUCCCAGAAACCUUACCACUACUUUUCUUUGGUUGAGAGUGUUUGAUUAUUGUUGUUGACUAUGAUUUUUGUUCAUUGUGUACUGCAACCCUCGUAUAUUUACGAAGCUGUUGUUUUACAAUUGAUUGAUGUUACUCGCAAAUGCUUUUGAAAUGGAUGCAGUUUAGUCUAUUAGGCAUAGACCCGUCGAGUAGGCUGCAGGUCUGGUUCGAGCCAUUGUUACACUCCAAAUGCCACCAGUGUCUAGUUGGCUACUCAAAUAGGGCUGUGUUUUGUCAACUUAACCUCGAAAUAAAUUGAUUCAGGAAAUGAACCUUUGAACCUUUUGGAGUGGCCUAGUAGCAUUGGAGAUCUCAUGUUCCUUUUGUACCCAUUUCUAAGACCUCUCGAUCUGCUGUUAUCCACUUGAAAAUUCAGGUAAAGGUGAGUAAAGCAAGAGAAGAAAUCUUCGAGUGCCCAAGGAUUGAAUUCUUUCAUUCACAUAUUAUACCACCUAG